UACUGCGGCGCAUGCGCACGUACUUGGUCUUGUUCGGGCCUGAAAGUUGGCAUGUUUUUUUUGGUUUCCGUCUGCUCAUGUUCCUCUCUUCGACUGCAAUCGUUUGGCAUAAGAAUUACCCGCAGAAGAUGAUGAGCACGAUGGCAAUGUCACGGCCUGUGUUCCCAUCCUUCACUUUGCUGACGGCUGUGAUUGGAGUUUUGGCGGCUUGUACGUUGCUUGAUGUGCGUGCUGCUACCGGUGACGAGGCCUACGACUACGAGUCGUACAAACAAAGGAAGCAAACUUGCCAAACGGCGUUCCUUGCAUUCGGCUUGUCUCUACCCAUCUGCAGACGCUAUUGUGGAUAUCUCAGCUCUUGUGAUCAUGGAGGAUAUUGCAACCCCGGGGGAGAUUGCCUGUGUCCACCCAGAUACCGUGGUACACAGUGCAAGACAGAUCGCUGUUCUUCAGGAACAUGUUACUGUCCUCGCGGUCUGACAGGAAAAGACUGUACGGAACCUGUGGGAUGCACGCAGGCAUGUUUGAAUGGUGGAACCUGCAUCAGUGAGACUGACCAAUGUCUAUGUCGACCAGGAUGGACAGGAGGAAACUGUGGCCAGAGUGCGUGCGCGAAGCAGUGUGCAAACGGGGGCUCCUGCGUGGGCACUAAUAGCUGCCAAUGCCAAGUCGGCUGGGCAGGUGAUCAAUGCCAGACUAGUCUAUGUACGGCAGGGUACUGCCAGAAUGGCGGUUCCUGUAUAGGUACUCACCUGUGUCGCUGUCGCAAAGGAUUUACAGGGUCACGAUGCGAGAACAAAGCCCAGACCAUGUGUACAUCAACAACAACGGGACGUGUCAGCUCUUGGGUUGCACUCAACUCCUCAAUGGCUUUGUCACCGGCAAAAUCUGCUUGUGUGGAAAGAGGAUUCGAUCUGAUGAAUUUCGAAGCAUUCACCAUGGAGAAUCGACCCUGUGUGGAAGACUUACUCAUGCUCAUGCUUAAGUCGCAUAGCUUUGGAAGAAGACUGUCACUGUGGACAUCACACAUUCAUCUAAAAACGCGCGUCGUUUACCUUCACGACGUCCAUCAGCAUAGAAGUGUGAGUCUUGUACCACCAGAGCAUACACUUUCCCCUCACUUGCGCUACGAUGUGUUGUGCUCCGGGUUCUGGCAGAUCAGCACAGGUCAGGGUUUCUCCAUUGCCAGAUUGCACAAGGCUGCCCGCAAGGUCACACCAGAGCACGGUGAGACGGCAUGUCACUCAAUUGGCCAUUAUUUCCCUCCCAUGAACAUCCUAAAGGCUAUGCAUGAUGACUUUAAAAGGGAAUUAAACAGUAUUCUUGGUCACACCGUCAGUGGAAUGUCCUGGCUUGGAGCACUGUACUCGACAUCUCCCAGCCGCAUAGUGCUGCUGGAACAUAAAACUACUGAACAGUGGCUACUAGAUGGUUCAUCCUUUGCCACUCCUUCUAACCACUAUUCCCUGCUUUGUUUUAAGCUGUGCGUGAAUGGAAGAUUGAAUUCCAAAUCGGGUCACUGUGAUUGCUAUACUGGCUAUACUGGAGAGCGUUGUGAAAACAGAAUACUCCACUGCAAGAAUGGAAAUUUCAAUUCAACAUCGGGUCACUGUAAUUGCAGUACUGGCUAUACUGGAAAGCUGUGUGAAUCCAUCUGCAAUAAUGCUGGUACACUGGAGAGUGGGCAAUGCAUGUGCUGGGGUAAACACAGCGGGCCGCAGUGUCAAUAUGUGAAGUGUGACUGCGGUAAAGGAUGCAAGUAUCACAAAUCUUCCGCGUAUCGUGGCGAAAUCUAUGAAGUACAAGCAAAGAAUGCAAAUGUGAUGAUAACUCUGGCCAGUUCAACAAACCGUGCGAUGUGAAUAGUUGUAAUAUCGCAUGUGGUCCCGGACGGAGGUGCUGGAUCGUGAAAGCAUUCCAAGAUUUUCGCGGCAUUAAGAGCACGGACCAAUGGCAAUCAUGUGUGGGACGUUAGUGCAGCGUCUCACUUGCUGUUGUUUACUUAAUGACAGUACUGACAGACCGCUGUGUGAUGUUACUGCUCAUCAGGGAUAUCAGACGUGUAUCAGGACUCUGGAGCAUUUGAAAGUCGAAACAGACUGCUGGCAUGUUGUCACUAGUGAUGUGAUGACAAAUUCCACCCUCCAAGAAACUCUCAAAUUCCAGCGGCAACAAGUGAAGAUGAUUCCACUACCUUGUGCAGCCCUGGUCAAUUACUGUCCAGUUUGUUCUGUAUUGGCCUUUUCUUUCCUCCCAUCCUGUUUGCUCUUGUCUUUCCUUUUCCUUUGUCUUUGUCUUUCAUUGCAAGCUGGGCCGUUGUGAUUCCUUUAAAACUACAGUUGAACAUCGAUUAUCCGCACAUUGACUAUCCGACCAUUCGGUUAUCCGUAACAGUUUUUUUGGGCGCACGUGCCGUAGAGUACGCACUGUGCAUGUAGUGAGCCAUUCAAAAAAUACGAAAAUUUUAAAAAGUAAAAAGGUCGUACAUGUACAUGUACAUGUUUCUUAUCCGGAACAUUUGCCUUAUCUGAACACCGCCUGACAGUUGUCUGCCCAGAGGUGGUCGGAUAAUCGA